AUGUACGGUUUAUUAUUACAGUCGGGAAUAGAAAUUAUACGUGCAAAGUAUGGACAAGAAACAUGGGAACAAGUUAAAGCUAUUUUACAUCUUGAUAUUAAUUCAUUUUCGGCAUUUCAACAAUAUGGUGAAACAUUAUUUGUUCGAAUUGCAAAAAUUUUAUCUGAAAUGAAAAAUGAGCCGCUCAAAGAUAUUAUGAAUAUAUUUGGUUUGGAGUUUGUAUCGUAUAUUGCUAGUUAUGGUUAUGAUCGUGUUCUCCGAAUUCUUGGGCACAAUAUGCGUGACUUCCUUAACGGUUUGGAUAAUCUUCAUGAAUACAUGAGAUAUACGUAUCCUCGAAUGAGACCACCAUCAUUCUAUGUCGAAAAAGAGACACCUAAGGGUUUGACGUUGCAUUAUCGUAGUCGUCGACGAGGUUUUGUUUACUAUGUAAUUGGACAAAUAAAAGAGGUUGGCCGUCGUUUUUAUGACACACAAGUUGAAAUCGAAGUCAUUAGUGAACGUGAAGAAUUUGAUGUCACCCAUGUUGUAUUUGAAUUAGCAUUUGAAAAUACUGCUUAUUUAAAACAAACAGCUGAAAGUGAUACUGUCGAAUUAGACUUAUCUAUUGAUUGUCAUAUAUUUUUUGAAUUAUUUCCAUUUCAUAUGGUUGUUAGCGAUUCGUUGGAAAUUAUUAGUGCUGGUGAUAGUUUAACGCAGUUAUUUCCAAAUAUUGUUGGAGAAUUAAUGCGAGAUAUAUUCAAUCUCGUUCGUCCCAUUAUUACCCUCAAUUGGGAUCAAAUUGUUUUGCAUUCAAAUAAUGUAUUUGAAUUUUCAACAAUUGAACCAUUGAGAAAACAAGUAAACGAAAAUGAUUUAAAAAUUAAUGAUGCUCAUGGAAGAAAUGAUUCUGAAUUAUUGUUGACGAUGACAACACAACGAGAUAUACAAGAAGAUUAUUUACGUUUACGUGGUCAAAUGUUAUAUGUCACUGAAUGGAAAGCCAUCAUUUAUCUAGCCACGCCUGUUUUGGAAAAUUUGGAUGUUAUGUUUAAUACCGGUUUAUUCAUUAAUGAUUUGAGUAUGCAUGAUUCAAGUCGUGAUCUUGUGCUUGCGGGUACACAACAGUCGGCUGAAUUGAAACUGGCACUUGAUCAAGUAGAUUUGUUUUUUAAGACUAUGUUUUUACAUAUAAUUUUAAUGAUAACGUUUAUUUCUCUCCAGGAACAACAAAAAAGUAAAGCAUUAGAAGAUAGUAUGAAAAAGCUUGACAUUGAAAUGAAAAAGACCGAUUUAUUAUUAUAUCAAAUGAUUCCAAAAAAAAUUGCAGAUCGCUUGCGAAGCGGUGAAAAAGCUACAAAUCUUUGCGAAACAUUUGAUAGUUGCACAAUACUAUUUAGUGAUGUGGUUGGAUUUACAGCAAUCUGUAGUUCAUUAACACCCAUGGAAGUUGUGUCAAUUUUAAAUGAAAUGUAUACAAAAUUUGACAAAUGUCUUGAAACACAUAAUUGUUACAAGGUUGAGACUAUUGGUGAUGCGUACAUGUUAGUAUCAGGUGUACCUGAACGUGUGCGAAAUCAUUCUUCUGAAAUAGUCGAUAUGGCAUUUGAUAUGUUAGAUGCAAUUGUAACCGUUUUCAAUCCUGUCAAUAACGACAAACUCAAAAUUCGCAUUGGAUGUCAUUCUGGACCCGUCGUCGCUGGCAUAGCUGGAAUUAAAAUGCCGCGUUAUUGCUUAUUUGGCGAUACUGUUACAACAGCAAAUAAAAUGGAACAAACAAGCAAAGCGUUACAUAUACACAUAACAGAUGCGAUGUACAAAUUACUCGAUCGUAAAUGCUAUGAGGUUCAUGAACGUGGUAAAAUGACGUUGAAUGGUUACACACAAGCGACAACGUAUUUUAUACUAAAUAAAAAAGAUCGUUCAGGCAAUAGUACACAACAUCCAUUUCAAGCUGUUCUAGAGGAAAUGAAACGUCAAGAAGCAGAAGAACCGAAGCAAAAACCGCAAUCCAAAACUAGGCCACCUGAAGCACUCACGCUCCCCCGUUCACCACAGUUGACAAAAGCAAACACAUUCAGUCAAUCAGAAUUAGAAGUACCAAUGUAUGACCACGACGAUGGUAUCACAAUGUAUCCUCCUAAAGCUACAGUAAAUUCAAACAUCGGAAAAAUUACAGCAUUCAGUGAAAAAGUAAAUGGUGAAACUGCGACAGCAUCGUUAGAUGACGAUAAAAAAGCUAUUGCAAAGGAACAACUAAAUGCCAUUAAUCCAGUAUUAUCACAAAAGCAGCAGCGUACAUCAAAAACAUCUGAUGAUCAAGUAUUGUUGUUAGAAGAUGAAUCCAGUGAUCAACCAAUUAAUCUUAAUAAUCCAGUUUCACUUACACAAUCAAUUCAAACUAGUCAAUCUUCUAAAAGUCAUUUGAGUGAAAAUAACGAUCGUCAACAUUUACUAUUACUUGGACUUAUAUUUAUUAUUGCUCUUUUUAUACUUUGUAUUAUUUACAUAUUAUUUCCAAAAAUUGAAGAAUCUGAACGUGAUGCAUUUCGAAUACCGAAGACAAUUGAUGAUGCAAAAGUUCUUGGCGAUGUAUUAUAUAAAUAUAGCAAACAUCAUUAUUAUAUUGUCAUGUUAGCCUUUUUCACCAGUUAUAUAUUUUUGCAAACAUUUGCUAUUCCUGGAUCAAUCUUCUUAAGUAUCCUCGCUGGAUUUUUAUAUCCAUUUCCUUUAGCCUUGUUUCUCGUCUGUUUGUGUUCAUCAGUGGGUGCAAGUUUUUGUUAUUUAUUAUCACAUAUAUUUGGUCGACGAAUUAUUUGGAAAUAUUUUCGAGCAAGAAUUUCUGAUUGGCAAAAAAAGGUUCGUUUUUAUUUUAAUGAUCAUUCUGAUAGUCUUUUAUGGUUUAUGAUUUUUCUUCGUAUAACACCCUUAUUACCCAAUUGGUUUGUGAAUGUUUCUAGUCCAAUAUUGAACUUUCCGUUAGGAAAAUUUUUUGCUGGUACAUUUGCCGGUGUUGCAUUACCCUCUAUUUUAUUUAUUCAAGCUGGCAAAACGCUUCAUCAAUUAACGAGUGCAUCCGAUGUAUUGUCUUGGCGUUCUAUAGUUGUACUGGGAGUAUUUGCCGUACUAUCAUUAUUACCAAUUAAAUUUAAAGAUUAUUUACGGAAAAAAAUGGGUGUAAAUAAUUUUUGGUCUAUUCUUGAGCCGGCAUGUAAACAAGGAAAUAAUGAUGAUUUAAAUGGAAAAACAGUAGCUGUUGAUUUGAGUAUAUGGAUAUGUGAAUGUCGUUCAAUUGUAUCAAAAACAACACCAUUUCAAAAAAAUUCAAUGCAUUUACGAAUAUUAUUUUUUCGAGUUUUAAAUAUGAUUUAUUUUAAUAUUAAACCAAUAUUUGUUCUUGAUUCAACAAAAAUAACAGGUUUAAAAUUAAAUACAGUAAUAAAACGAAUUAAUUUUCGACAUAAUAAAAAAAUAACUCAACAAUCUGAUACAUUAAUAACAUCAAAAAGUGAUACACGAUCUCAUUUUAAUAUUUUUGUUAACGAAUGUUGUCAAUUGUUGAAUUAUCUUGGUAUUCCAAUUAUUCGUGCAGACGGUGAAGCAGAAAAAUUAUGUGCACAAUUAAAUCGAAUGAAUAUUGUUGAUGCUGUUAUUACAAAUGAUAGUGAUUGUUUUGUAUAUGGUGCAAACAGAAUUAUUCGAAAUUUUAGUAUCGAUGUGAAAUCUACCUCAUUUGAAAUGUAUGAUAUUGAUGAGAUAAUUCAAACAUGUGAAUUAAAUCAUCGUUCAUUUUUAACAUUAGCUCUUUUACUUGGAUGUGAUUAUGAUAGUCAAGGUGUCAUUGGUGUUGGACGUGAAAUAGCAUUAAAAUAUUUAAAAUUAUUACCAAAACAAUGUGAUCCAGUUGAUUAUUUAAUGCAAAUGGUAACAGAUAAUCAAACAGUUAAAGUUAAAAAUAAAUAUGAACAACGAAUAUUAUCAUGUCUUCAAUCAUCUAAUAAACAACAAUAUCAAUUAAUUAUUGAUGAAUAUACAUCACCAAUUGAAAAUGUUAAUAUGAUAUCAUCAAUAGCAAAUAUAAAAUGGUUAAGACCUGUACAAUUAAAACAAUUAGAAGAAUAUAUGAAAAAAAAAUUAGAUUGGCCAGAAACAUACACAUACUCAAAAGUUCUUCCAUUAAUAACAAGAUUUCAAAUGUUAUAUAAAUUAAAUAUGAUUAUGUUAGAUGAUGAUAAUGAUCGAAAACAUUUAAAUUAUAUACAACCAUUAUGUAUAAGAAAAAUUCGUGUACGUCAACGUAUUGAACACUAUGAAAUUGAAUGGCGACAAGAACAAACACUUGAACAACAAAUUGCCACAUUGAAUAUGUCAACAGAUAAUGAUGAAGAGGAAGAGGAUAAUGAAAAAUUAAUAACUAUUGAACCAUGUGAAUUAUUUCGUUUAGCCUAUGAAAAUAUUGUAAAACAAUUUAAUGAGAAACAAAAACAGAAAAAAAAGAAAUCAAAUAAAAAACAAACUACAAUAAAAAACGAUUCAAUAAUUGAAAAUUCAGUAAAAGAAACUCCUAUAAAAAAAUUAUCAUCAAAGAAAAUAAUACAACGUUAUCCAAAGUCUGAACAAUAUAAAAAUCGUUCAUCAUCAGCUAUAAUGUCAACAUCAAUGUCAUUAGAAAUGUUAAAUAUAAUGUAUGAUGAUCAAGAGAAAAUGAAACCAUUAACAAAGAAAUUACCACAAUUAACAAAAAUGAGAACAAUUGAACAUAAUCCUAAAUCAAUACAAUAUCGAAAUCGACCAACAACAGCUGCAUUAUCAACAUCAAUUUCCUUUGAUAUGUUAAAUAUAAUGAGAACAAGUACGGAUGGUAAACAUAAAUCAAAGGAAAAACCAAUAAUACGAAAAAAAAUCAUUCAUCGACAUCCAAAAUCGGAAUUAAACAAUAUUAAUGGUCGACAAACAAAUGCAUAUAUGUCAACAUCAAUGUCUUUAGAUAUGUUAAAUAUACUUAAAUCGAAUCAAUAUGAUUUAUUCGAUGAUGAUGAAUGUGAAAUAAUCAAAAUUGUACCAGCAUCACAAGAUAUAAGUAUUAUUGUAAAAGUAGAAGAGAGUGAUGAUGAACAAAAUGAAUUCAUUCCAUUACCACUCUGGGAUCGAUUGCGACAACGUCGUGUUAAUGAUAAUGCAAGUAUUAUUGAUCGUUAUUAUACACAAAACUUAGACUAA